UGCGCUAUUUCCACACGGCCUUGUCGGAGCCCGUCCAGGGGCUGCCCCAGUUCGUCCAGGUGGGCUACGUGGACGACCAGCCCAUCGACCUCAAUGACAGCGCAAGGCAGGAGCUGCCUCAGGUGCCGCGGAUGGAGCUGCACGCGGACGGUCCCUGGCCCUGGGACAGGCGGAGCCGGGCCCCCUGGAGCGCUGAGCAGGUGUCCCUGGCGAACCUGGCGACCUUGCAGAAGUACUACAGCCAGAGCGGGGGGCUCCACACCCUGCAGUGGAUGUUCGGCUGUGAGCUGAGGAGCGAUGGGAGCAAAGGAGGGUACAUGCAGUUCGGCUACGACGGGAGGGACUUCCUCAGCCUGGACAAGGAGCAUCUCAGGUGGACGGCGGCCGAUGCCACAGCCCAGCUCACCAAGCGGAAGUGGGAGGCCGAACCUGCCAUUGCUCAGGGAUGGAAGGCCUACCUGGAGGGGGAGUGCGUGGAGUGGCUGCGGAGAUACCUGGAGUACGGCAAGGAGACCCUGCAAAGGACAGAGCCCCCCGAAGUGAAGGUGACUCACCAAAAGUCAUCCACGGAGAACGUGGAAACCCUUGUCUGCCAGGCCCACGGUUUCUACCCCAAGGAGAUCGAAGCCGCCUGGACCAGAGACGGGGAGAACUGGGAACAUGGGACCUUCUGUAAUCGUGUGGCCCCCAUUCCGGAUGGGACUUACUACAUCUCACUCUACACGGACGUAGAGCCCGAGGAACGGGGCCGCUACCGGUGCCGUGUGGCCCAUGCCGGCCUGUCGCAGCCUCUGGCCUUGGCCUGGGAGGGGCCUGCGGAGAAACGACGAACCAGCAACUCCCACACACAACAGUCACAAGAACAGGGAGACAGCGAGUUGCUCGAAUGGCAGCCACGUGAGUAUCGUCUCCCUCUCUGGACCUUUAAUUCCAUUGAAGAGAAGUUGAUAGAUUCUGCAGAGAGAGAAAAUGCAGGUGCUGGGCUUGUGUUUCCGGGCAUUCCGGCUGCCUCAAUCCAGUACCCAUUUCAACCCUCCCUUACAUUCCCAGUGCAUCUGCCAUUAGUUUUAUUCUCCCCUGCAGGACGUCUCUCUCCAGGGGGCAGCAGCGUGAGCCCCCCACACCAAAGGCUUGCUGUGGGCUUCCCAUUUCCUGCUCGCCUUUAACCCUGGGCGGAUUCACGCAACAGGAGCCGUCUGGGACUUGUGCUCCCUGACUUUCUCUCGGUGGGAGCAGCUCAGUGGGGCCCGUGACCCAGGGAGGUUUGUGCUGCCUCCCUGCAGGCCCUCCAGC